CCCUGCACAGACUGCCAUGGACAGCUCCCACCGAAGCUGCCUGCAGCCUCCCCAAGUUCCGCUGAGUCACAGCCCAGGAGCCCUCUGCCCAGCCCUCCUGCUCGCUGUCCUCUGGCCACAUGGACUCUUCAUAAUAUGUAAGCCAUUGGGUAGCCCCAUGACCAGGGCACCCAGCACAGUGAAAACGCUGACCCAACUUCAGACCUCUCUGGACUGCGCAGGCCUCAGCCAAGGUCACGAGCAGACAGGCUACGGGUACCCUAUCCCUCGCCCACCCUGCAGCCUCUGACUCCUGAGCAAGCAUCCAUAACGGCGUGAUCGCUGUCUUCCAGCGCAAGGGGCUGCCCGACCAGGAGCUCUUCAUCCUCAACGAGGGUGUCCGGCAGCUGCUGAAGACGGAGCUGGGGUCCUUCUUCACUGAGUACCUGCAGAACCAGCUGCUCACAAAGGGCAUGGUGAUCCUUCGUGACAAGAUACGCUUCUACGAGGGACAGAAGCUGCUAGACUCGCUGGCGGAGACCUGGGACUUCUUCUUCAGUGACGUGCUGCCCACGCUGCAGGCCAUCUUCUACCCUGUACAGGGCAAGGAACCGUCGGUGCGUCAGCUUGCCCUGCUGCAUUUUCGGAACACCAUCACCCUCAGUGUGAAGCUGGAGGACGCACUGGCCCGCUCCCACGCACGCGUCCCCCCUGCCAUCGCACAGAUGCUGCUGGUACUGCAGGGGGUACAUGAGUCCCGGGGUGUGACCGAAGACUACCUGCGUCUGGAGACACUAAUCCAGAAGGUGGUGUCGCCGUACCUGGGCACCUAUGGCCUCUACUCCAGCGAAGGGCCCUGCACCCAUUCCUGCAUCCUCGAGAAACGGCUCCUGCGCCGCUCCCGCUCUGGGGACGUCCUAGCCAAGAACCCGGUGGUGCGCUCCAAAAGCUACAAUACGCCCCUGCUCAAUCCCGUGGCCGAGCACGAAGCGGAAGGCACAGCGGCCGGUGGUACAAGCAUCCGCAGGCACUCGGUCUCUGAGAUGACAUCUUGUCCUGAGCCCCAGGGCUUUGUGGACACACCUGGCCAGGGCCCUUCGGGGACCUACAGGUCCUCUCCAACGCCCCACUCGGGGCCUUGCCCCAGCAGACUGUACCCCCCUGCCCGUUCCCCCGAGCAGGAUCCAGCCCACGGCUCCCCACCCACCUCCAGCCCUGAGACACUGGUGGACCAGAUCCUGGAGUCCGUGGACUCAGACUCUGAAGGAAUAUUCAUUGACUUUGGGCGGGGUAGUCGCUCCAGUGUGUCUGACUUUGGUGCAACCGGAAGCCGGCCGAGUGUUGUGUGAUGGCCUGAGGUUAGUUCAUGUUUUUACUGACCCCUGUGUGUUUGCGUGUCUGUGGGUGUGUGUGUGAGAGAGAGACUUGUUUGUUACUCUUUCCUAAUCUCACCAGCCUCCUUGGUCACUGUAUGCUCCCAGUCUGUUGGAAAACCUACUCACCUCCCCUGCUCACCCCAGGCCUGAUUGGGCUGUCCAGUUGGCACCACCCAGAUGCACACUGAACCACCUCGAGGAUGGGGCCACCAUGUGCCCUUCUGCCUGCCCCACCCUUGGUGCCCACACCUACCCAGAAAAAUGUGAAACCAGUGGGUUCUGCCUAUGCCAGCCCAGCUUGGCCCCCACAGUGACGGGACUCAAGCCACAGCCAGACCUGCCUCCCUCUGCCCUGGGUGGCCACAGGAAGGCAUGAAAUAAAGUUACAACUCCA